AUGAGAUCUAGUUUAAGGUUGCUGAACAAUGCUUCCAAAGUCAUUGAUAAAUAUUCUUUGUACGUUCCAAAAGAUGGUGUUUUUCCAAAAGGCUUUCAAGUUGCGUCUACCGCUACAGGUGUUAAGAAGAAUGGUUCUCUUGAUUUGGGUAUUAUUAAGAAUAUAAAUACCUCACGUCCUUCAAAUGCUGCUGCUGUUUUCACUACUAAUAAAUUUAAGGCUGCCCCCGUAUUAGUUUCUAAAAAAGUAUUAGAAGUAACUUCUGGAAAAGGUAUCAAUGCGAUCGUGAUAAAUUCAGGUUGUGCAAAUGCAGUGACUGGGGAUGUUGGUUUGAAAGACGCUAAUGAAAUGAUCAAUUUGGUAAAUGAAAAUAUGAAAAAUAAAGACUCGACAUUGGUCAUGUCUACUGGUGUAAUUGGUCAAAGGUUACAAAUGGAUAAGAUCUCAAAAGGUAUAAAGGAUAUUUUCAGCCAGGACAAAUUUGGGGAUGAUUUUAAUUCAUGGUUGAAUGUGGCUAAAUCCAUAUGUACUACUGACACAUUCCCAAAGAUAGUCUCAUCAAAAUUUAAAUUACCUGAUGGGAAAGAAUAUACAUUAACUGGUAUGGCUAAAGGUGCUGGCAUGAUAUGUCCUAAUAUGGCUACUCUAUUGGGUUACAUCAUAACUGAUUUACCAAUCGAAAGCAAAGCUUUACAACAAAUGUUACGUUAUGCUACCAACAGAUCUUUUAAUUGUAUUAGUGUGGACGGUGAUAUGAGUACAAACGAUACAAUUUCUAUGAUAGCAAAUGGUGCAAUUGACAUUCCAGAAAUUACGAUCUCAUCUGCAGAAUAUCAACAAAUACAAUCACAAGUCACUGCAUUUGCGCAACAACUAGCUCAAUUAGUCGUUCGUGAUGGUGAAGGUUCUACAAAAUUCGUCACAAUUAACGUUAAUAAUUCAUUAAACUUUGAGGACGCAAACAAGAUUGCAAAAACUAUAUCAAAUUCAAUGUUAGUGAAAACAGCAUUAUACGGUCAAGAUGCUAACUGGGGUAGAAUAUUGUGUGCAAUUGGUUAUACAGAAUUAACUGAUUUAAAAUCAUUGGAUAUUAAUAAAAUUAACGUAAGUUUUGUAGCAACGGAUAAUUCUGAACCAAACGAAUUAAAGUUAAUUGUAAACGGUGUACCUCAACUGGAUAUUGACGAAACAUUUGCAUCAAAACUAUUAUCACUAGAUGAUUUAGAAAUAUCUAUCAAUCUUGGUACAGGUAAAGAAACUGCAAAAUUUUGGACCUGUGAUCUGUCUCAUGAAUAUGUGACAAUCAACGGUGAUUACCGUUCCUAA